AUGAAUAAUGAAGAGGAAUUCCAUAGAAGUUCAACUGUUAUUGGAGUGAGUUACUCAAAGCAAUUGAUUCACAUGUUUAUUUUGAGAGGUUUUCUCAAAGAACGCAACUCGGAGGAAGAAGUGGACAAUAGCAUUAAUAUUUCAAUGAAACUGUAUUAUAAAAAGUAUAGAGUCAAGUCAGAAGUGGAUUUGUUGAUAUUGUGGGUGGAUAUUCUGAACUUUUCAAAGAUAUUCCUUUCCUCCUAUAAUGUUCAGAGUGCAGUGUCGAUAAUGAAGGAAAUACCACAGCAUCAGAAUUUAAGUUAUUGGAAUUUGAAACCCUUUAUAGAUUCAAGAAGUGAUGAAGAUGAUGUUCUAUUCAAGAUUCAGAAUCAGAUCAAGAAAUUGUGUCUUGUUCCGAAUAUGGCAAUUAAUAAGAGAAUCAUUUCAGAGGCAAAGAAUGAGAUUGGAUACAGUUGUAAAAUUCAAAACACAACAUUUGUAAAGAGGAUUGAGAAGGAGGAAAAGUAUAUUGUUUCAAAAUUAUUGGAAUCUAGAAAUAUUUCCCGAUGUCUUCCACAAGUGAUGAAUAUUUAUAAUUCCUUUAUUGAGUAUGAAGAGUUAUUACCACUCUCUAAUAGAUUGAUGGAAUGUGAGCUGUAUAGUCUGUGUUUGGAUAUUUGCCAUGCUCUUGAAUGUUUGCAUUCCUUAAAUAUUAUUCAUAGAGAUGUAAAGAUGCAAAAUAUCAUGAUAAGAAAUCCAGACAAUAAUCCAACAUUACAAAGAUUUGUACUGAUUGACUUUAGUAUGAGUUUCCAUUUUGAAAAAACAGACAGUGGAUACAUAGACACCUUCACUCGAGUUCUUGCUAAUGAAAAUUAUGGAACCAACUCUUAUAAGGCACCAGAGGUUUUAACAGGAGAUUGUUAUGAUGAGAAAAUUGAUGUGUUUUCGCUGGGAGCAUCAAUAUUGUGUUGUCUUGAUAGAAAGAGAUUUGUUUGUUCAAAGAAGGAAGAUUUGCAAAAGAUGGUUGACCGUCUAGAAUGGAAAAACACGCAAUUCAAACAAGUAAUUCGUAUGAUGGUGAAUAAGGAUCCAUCAGAGAGACCAACACCAAGGCAAAUACAAGAUAUUUUGAAUCAGGUUCAAACAAUCCCAUUGGAAGCUGAAUCCCUUCAAAAAGAUUUGAUUGUUUCUUCAUCGAGAGCAUAUAGUCCAAGUCAGGGUGGUUUUGGAUGUGGUGUGGGCAAGGUUCAGGAAGAUUCUGUGAGACAAAGUUGUUUAGCAACAAACUCUUCACAACAAUCGCUUGUGGAUGAAACUCUGCUGUUGAGAGAUGAAGAGCCUUUCAAGUUCUACACUCCUAGCAAGAGAGAUUCUGAUAGCGACGAUGAAGAUUAUGAUAGUGAUGAUUCCCUUAGUCCAAUUUAUAGUACACGAACACCAAUUGUAGAAAGGAGCGACUUUGAGUUUGAUUAA